AUGGUGUUCUUUUCGGCCUCAUGCAGGAUGGCCGGUCUCCGAGUUCGCGGAUAUCGCCAGGCGGCGAGUGCUGCUGAGAUCAUGAGUGCUGCUGAGAUCAAGAGAAAGCUUGCGAUAGCGAUAGAGACGGAUCCCAGGGAAGUGUUGAAGAAAGAAGUGGUGAAGGAUCCAGUGCUGAAAGCACCUCUACGAGAGGGUCCUCGACUUCGAUGGGGCCGUGGUUCUUCACGCUCGCGCGCUCGGGCCGAGCGUGAGGCGCGGGAGGCUACAGCCAUGCAGCGCAUGCAGCAAUCCAUUGGCAACUCGCCCAUAGGCCUUUACCCGGUCUACGACAUCCCACGCAACGUCGCCAGCAGCUUCGUGGGGACCAAGGUGCUGCAACCGGCAUCCUUGCGCUAUGCACUGGCGCAGGCACUAGAGACUGUGGCAAGAUAUGUCUUGCAUCCAGGACCAGCACGGAAGGUCAGGAAACUCCAGGGCUUCUAUCCACUGGCAUCCACCAAGAAGAUUCCCCAAACUGCGCUUGACCUGACGGCCUUCACGCAAAACGAGGCCUGUGUGGCUUCGAUCGCUAGUCCCAACAGCACGCAGCGACGCACGCAGAGCACGCAGCGCCAACCGAAGCGAGCGUGCCCGGUUCCGAAUUGGGGCCGCAUCUUCACCAUGAGCGACUUGCUGGUGAAACCGCUGCCGGAGCGAGUAGCGCGCCUGGAAAAGGCGCGUGACAGCAUGAAGCCUUUAGAGAACACAUUCCAGUUUGCCAACAACUGCGAAACUGUCUUCAGAGAGUUUCGUAUCUCCUGCGUCCACUUGCGCCGAGAGCGCGAAGCUUUGGACUCACUUGAGGAGAAGGAUGUGGCCUGGAGGUUUCUGUGCAAGCUGUGUCGAGAAAGGCCCUUCUUGCACGAUCGAGUUCACGAGGUGCUCCAGAUCUUGAUGAUGAGCGAAGUGUGGAUGAAAGCUUUUGCCGAGGAUCCGGAGUGUCAAGUCGAAGACCUACCUCCUGAGAUGCAGAGCGAAUUUAAGCGACGGGCGGAACAGGCCCUAGAUCCAAACGCGAAAGAUGACGGAUACCCGCCAAGAAAGUCAUCACAUCAGGAGUUCAAAGCAAGCGGCACCAUUGCAGUAGUUGUUCAGCGCUGUCUCAAAGCCAGACUCCUGGUCGAUGAAGCAGCGGAUAGCUGGGCAGAGAUCGGUCGAGGGCUUUUCGUGGCCGUUUCCUUCACCAAGAGCGCGACCGAAGAGAAGCUGGGCCCCGCGGCGAGGUUUCUUCUGACGGCGAAGCUGUCCAGAGGAGAGAGUUCCGAGGAGGCGGAGUCAGUGGUGACUUUGUGCCAGAAGGAGUAUCAGGGCAUCCUUGUCCUUCCACAGGCAUCUUUGGUCUCUGACCUCAAGGACACUGAUGUCAGAUACUCCCAGCAGCUGGGGAAGAGCCGGUCACACGUCCUCUACGAUCACUUCGUCCAGACCCUUCACGCGGCUGCUGCCGAGCUCAGCGAGGGCCGAGGGCCGCAGAUCCUGGCAGGUGCGUUUGAUGGACCCCAGGUGAUGGAAAUGUCCUCGGCUGGACCAUUUAUGCAUUCCUUCUCGGUUUAGCAAGCGUAGCAAGAGGCGGCAUUCCAAGUGGAAUCGUUUUGAAGCUGCGAAACCACCUCUUGAGAGGCUCAGUUGAAAGGAACUCCAGAAUAGCAACGACCUUUCCUCUACCUUUCUGUGUUGUGAACUGCGG